AUGGCAGGUAACGAAGAGCGUACAGUGAUUGAAGCCACAAGGCCCAGUCUUGCUAAUAUGACUCAAGCUAUUGUGAAGCCCAAUAUCACAGGGCAUUUUGAACUCAAACAAAAUCUUGAGAGGCAAAUGGGACAGUUAGCAGCAAAUCAAAAUACUAGACCUGCUGGAGAUCUCCCGAGUGAUACUAAGCCUAAUCCUAAGGCUCAAGUCAAUGCGGUUACCUUAAGAAAUGGAAGAGAAUUAGAAGAAGUUCUAGAGAAAAAGAAGUAUACAGCUAGACCUGAAGGAGAAUUAGUUCCUAAGCCCGUUGAGGAGAAUAAGAAAGAAAAGCCAGAAAUUGUGACAAGGCCACCACCUCCGUUUCCACAAAGACUUAAAAAUCAAAAAGAUGAUGCUAUGUACAAGAAAUUCUUAGAUAUUUUGAGCCAAGUGCAUGUGAAUUUGCCUUUGGUGGAAAUUUUGCAGGAAGUGCCCAAGUAUAUAAGGUAUCUCAGAGAUAUUGUGGCAAAUAAACGAAGACAUACAGAGUUUGAAACAGUUGCACUUACUGAAGAGUGCAGUGCUAGAGUUCAGAGUAAACUUCCCCCUAAGUUGAAGGAUCCUAGGAGUUUCACAAUUCCUUUGUCUCUUGGAAAACAAGAAGUAGGUAGAGCCAUGUGUGAUUUGGGUGCUAGUAUAAAUUUGAUGUCAUCCUCUUUGUUCAAGCAACUUGAAUUGGGGGUGCUUAGACCUACUACAAUCACUUUACAGUUAGCAGAUAAGUCACUAGUUAUGCCAGAAGUAAUUAUUGAGGAUGUGUUAGUUUGA